AACGUUCAAUGCGGCUCUGGUUUCCGGGCGGAGCUCACAGCCGGUCCCAGCAAGAUGGCGGCGCAGCAGGAGGAAGCGGUGCGAGAGUUCAUGUUAGUGACCGGGUCUGAGGAGGAGAGAGCCCGCUUCUUCAUGGAGUCCGCGGGGUGGGACCUGCAGUUGGCUUUGGCCAGUUUCUAUGAAGAUGGGGGUGAUGAUGACAUCAUGACAUUACCGCAGCCUCCCCCUGGUUCCACCUCUCGAGGUUCUGGUCCUGGUGAUCACAGGGUGACUUCAUUCAGAGACUUGGUUCAUGCCCAGGAAGAGGAAGAGGAGGAAGAUGAAGGCCAGAGGUUUUAUGCAGGAGGUUCAGAAAGGAGUGGACAACAGAUUGUCGGACCACCUAAAAAGAAGAGCCCCAAUGAACUGGUAGAAGACUUGUUCAAAGGUGCCAAAGAGCAUGGAGCGGUGGCUGUGGACCGAGCUACAAAGAGUCCAGGAGAAAGCAGCAAAUCAUUGCCAUUUGGAGGUGGAGGGUACCGCCUUGGGGCAGCUCCAGAAGAGGAAUCUCCGUAUGUUUCUACAGGACGUAAGAGGGCCUCUGCUCAAGACGUCCAUGUGGUGCUGAAGCUGUGGAAGAAUGGAUUUAGUCUAGAUGACAGUGAACUUCGCAGCUAUCAGGACCCCGGAAAUGCCCAGUUUCUGGAGGCAAUACGCAGAGGGGAGAUUCCUGCAGAGCUACGCAGGUUGGCUCAAGGUGGCCAGGUGAACCUGGAUAUGGAAGAUCAUCGCGAUGAAGACUACCUAAAACCCAGAGCUUCUUUCAAAGCGUUCACAGGAGAGGGUCAGAAACUGGGCAGCACAGCCCCGCAGAUCUGCAGCACUGUGACAGCAUCCCAGCAGGCCGAAAAUGAAACCAAAGCCAGUUCCUCUGUUAACAUUGACGAAUCUGAACCCACCACCAACAUCCAGAUCCGACUGGCAGAUGGAGGUCGUCUGGUCCAAAGGUUUAACCACAGCCACAGAAUCCGUGAUAUCCGUCUGUUUAUUGUGGAUGCUAGACCAGCGAUGGCGGCCACAGGCUUUGUUCUGAUGACUACGUUCCCAAACAAGGAGUUGACCGAUGAGAACCUAACUCUUAAAGAAGCCAACCUCCUAAAUGCAGUCAUCGUGCAGCGGUUUGUUUGACAUCCCUGGCUCUCGACACUCUUUCCCGCAGCUCCUCCUCCCUCUGCUGGUGACAUGGAGUCGUUCUGUCUUGUAAUCCUGGGUUCCCGCUGCUUUUGGUGGACUUCUUAUUUCUCUAGACGUUCAUUUUGCAGGAUUUGUAAUAAGCAUUGGACUUAACCAUAAAAUAAAUAGGAGAGGAAAACCA